GGAAAUCGCCGCGACGCGGAGUUCGCGAGUCACGACGACACUUGCAUGGGCGUGCAACAUGACGCAGACCGUCGCCGUUCUGACCGCGAUUCCUAGGUUAUCUUACCAUCUGCGCUCGCGGCUGCCGAAUCUGCGCAUCUCGGACGUGACGCCAGGACAAGCAGAUACCGCAUCCAGGCUUAACGCGGCAGAAAUAUUAGUGGCCGACUGUGAUUUAUUGGCACCUUAUGCGAACAAAUUGACGUCGGUCAAGUGGAUACAGGUGACAUGGGCCGGCUUAGACAAAUUCAUUCCACAUGUGCAAAACACGCGAAGAGAUUACAUACUGACUCGUUUCUCCGACGAUUCAUUUGGCCUGGCCAUGUCCGAAUACGUGAUAGCGAAAAUUGUCAAUUACGAGCGUGAUCAGAGACAGCAGUACGAGAAUCAACGGCUCGCCGAAUGGAAGCAAGACGGCAGGUUGAUUAACCAUAGGCUCAUACGUGACUUAACUAUAGGUAUAUUAGGGGUAGGAACGAUAGGAAAGACGGUCGCGGAAAAGCUGAAGUUAUUUGGCGCGACUACCUGGGGAAUGACACGUACCUUUUCGAAAGAGAAAUUACCGUUCCUCGACGAGCACAGAACCGUAGACGGCUUGCCGGACAUCCUGGAAAAUUGCGACUAUGUCAUUAAUGUAUUGCCCUCGACUCAGGAAACGGUCGGACUUCUGAACGGCAACGUCUUGGAACAUUGCAAAGGCAGGAACGCAGUUUUCAUUAACGUAGGGCGCGGUUCCGUUAUCCGAGAAACGGACCUGAUAAACGCUCUCGAGCAGAAGUGGAUUUCGGCCGCUAUUUUGGAUGUGUUUGAAAAAGAGCCGCUGCCAAAGGAGAGCAAACUGUGGAGCCUUCCACAAGUAACAAUCUCACCACACAACUCGGCUGUGACAACGGCGCAGAACGUCGCGAAGCUAUUCGCCGAAAAUUACGCUAGAUACGUAAACGGAGAAAAACUGAUAAGUGAAUUUGAUUUUAAUAAGGGCUAUUAAUUUAAAGUUAAAAAUUUUAAUCCAUGUAAAGGGACUAUACGGUGUUAUAUCGGGAUGACAAGCGAUACACACAAUCAAUAUUUAUUAUGUUAAUUAAAAUAUACGUACAUAUCGAAAUAAACAUAUUUUGAACAUC